AUGACAGGCAACUAUCAAUUGAUCUCAGUCACCAACUUUUAUGAACCUCAACCAAAGCAAAUGGCAGAAACUGGAUUGAUAGAAUUACCUCAUAGUUGGACAGUUAUUCCUCCUCAGUAUACACUUAGUCGACAUGUAGAAGUACUUAUUGCAACAGGAACGACAAUCAUUGUAGUUGAUAGCAAAGAGGCUCAAGAUCAAUUUUUACAACAAGGACCUUUUACCAAAAUGACAGUUUCUCCUAAUGGCAAAUUCUUGGCUCUCUUUACUGCUGAAGGUAAACUUUGGGUGGUAUCAACUGACUUUGAAAAGAAUCUUUCUGAAUAUGCUACAAAAUCCAAGAUUCCUCCUCAACAAUUAGUUUGGUGUGGUACAGAUUCUGUUGUGAUGUAUUGGGACAAGAUUGUAUUAAUGAUUGGACCUUUUGGUGAUUGGAUCAAAUUCUCUUAUGAUGACCCUAUCUUUUUAUCUUCAGAAAUUGAUGGUGUUCGAAUUAUGAGUAAUGACAAGUGUGAACUUUUACAAAAAGUACCAGCUGCUACGGAAGAAAUAUUCAAGAUUGGUUCUACAUCACCUGCCGCCAUGUUAUUCGAUGCUCUGGAUCAUUACGAGCGAAGAAGUCCCAAGGCAGAUGAAAAUAUUCGUACUAUUCGACCUGAACUAGUGGAUGCGGUGGAUUGUUGCAUAGAAGCGGCUGGAUUCGAAUUUCAUCAUUAUUACCAAAGAUCAUUAUUGAAGGCAGCCUCUUUUGGAAAAUGCUUUUUAGAUCAAUACAAUGCAGAUCGAUUUGUGGAUAUGGCUCAAACUCUACGUGUCUUGAAUGCUAUUCGAUUCUAUGAUAUUGGUAUCCCUUUGACAUAUGUGCAGUACAAACGCCUCACCCCUGAAAUUCUAGUAGAUCGACUUGUUCAACGACAUCAACAUUUAUUAGCCCUUCGCAUUGCUGAAUAUUUGAAUUUACGAACCGAUAAAAUCUUGAUUCACUGGGCUUGCGCAAAGAUCAAAGUUGCUUCCGAAGAUGAGGAUGCUACUUGUAGAACAAUAGUGGACAAGCUGUCAAAAAAUCCUGGAUUAUCAUUUGCCGAAAUUGCCAAAACUGCAUAUAAUACUGGACAAACACGACUUGCUACCAAGUUACUGGAUUAUGAACCUCGUGCUGCUGACCAGGUACCAUUGCUUAUGUCUAUGCAGGAAGAUGAAUCAGCUUUAAUCAAAGCUAUUGAAAGUGGUGACACUGAUCUAGUAUAUCUUGUUAUUUUCCAUUUGAAAAGAAAGCUUCCAUUGGGUGAAUUCUUCCGAAUGAUUAAUAACAAACCCCUGGCAUGCAGUCUAUUGGAGGUAUAUUGCAAGGAACAAGACCGUGAACUUCUCAAAGAUUUUUAUUAUCAAGAUGAUCGAAGGAUUGAAAGUGCAAAUGUCAUUUUAUCUGAAGGAUUUGAUCAAAAAGAUAUCAAUGAACGCAUUAGUAAAUUGAAAAUAGCAGGAAAAACAUAUCAAGAUGACAAGGAAUGCAUAUUUGAAGCCAAGGUAGUAGAUGAAGCUAUCAAACUGCUUCAAUUACAAAGUCAACUUGAAAAGGAUACCCAUCAAUCAUUCUGUGGAUUAUCGAUCAGUGAAACUAUUUAUAAGUGUACAGUCCUUGGUCAACAUGCGAAAGCCACCAAAGUGAGGACUGAUUUCAAAGUAGCGGAUAAAAGAUUUUGGUGGGUAAAACUACGAGCAUUAGUUAAAGUACGAGAUUGGGAACAAUUAGAAAAACUAGCAAAAAGCAAGAAAUCACCUAUUGGAUAUGAGAUUGGUGCAUUUAAAGAAGCUGGAGAACAAGCAUUUUUAAAUAAAGAUAUGGAAGGAUUAAGACAAGUACGUGGAAAGUGUACAAAUCAUAUUGUGGCUCAAGAAUUGGACUCCUUAUUAGCUCAACUUCAUGCAAAAUGA